CCUCAGCGUGUGAUAGGCGUCCGCUUCCACGGGGCCUGAGUAACUUGGGCUCCCCCGCUCCUGAGCCACGGCCACUGCGGCUGCCUUUCCUUGAGACUGAGGCACCCGCAAGGCAUUCCUUGCUCACAAUGUAUAGAACAAAAGAAUGGAGAAUGAUGACAGCGCAGUUCAAUAUGCAAUUGGACGCUCCGACACAGUAGCUCCAGGAACAGGGAUUGACUUAGAAUUCGAUGCAGAUGUCCAGACUAUGUCCCCCGAGGCUUCUGAAUAUGAGACCUGUUACGUCACAUCUCAUAAAGGACCAUGUCGCGUAGCUACAUACAGCAGAGACGGGCAGUUAAUAGCUACGGGAUCUGCUGAUGCCUCAAUAAAAAUUCUUGAUACAGAGAGAAUGUUGGCAAAAAGUGCUAUGCCCAUUGAGGUCAUGAUGAAUGAGACAGCACAGCAGAAUAUGGAAAAUCAUCCUGUUAUUCGGACUCUAUAUGAUCAUGUGGAUGAGGUUACAUGUUUAGCUUUCCAUCCAACAGAACAGAUCCUGGCAUCUGGUUCAAGGGACUAUACGCUUAAAUUGUUUGACUAUUCAAAACCUUCUGCCAAAAGAGCCUUCAAGUAUAUCCAGGAAGCAGAAAUGUUACGCUCCAUUUCUUUUCAUCCUUCUGGCGACUUCAUACUUGUUGGUACCCAGCACCCUACCUUACGGCUUUAUGAUAUCAAUACAUUCCAGUGUUUUGUGUCUUGCAAUCCUCAAGAUCAACACACCGACGCUAUAUGUUCAGUAAACUAUAAUGCAAGUGCUAACAUGUAUGUGACAGGAAGCAAGGAUGGAUGCAUCAAAUUAUGGGAUGGUGUUUCAAAUCGAUGUAUCACUACUUUUGAGAAAGCACAUGAUGGGGCUGAAGUCUGUUCUGCCAUCUUUUCCAAAAAUUCAAAGUACAUCCUGUCAAGUGGAAAAGAUUCUGUAGCUAAACUAUGGGAGAUAUCCACAGGUCGAACGCUGGUCAAAUAUACAGGAGCUGGUUUGAGUGGACGACAAGUACACAGAACACAGGCAGUCUUUAACCACACAGAGGACUAUGUGUUACUUCCUGAUGAAAGGACCAUAAGUCUCUGCUGCUGGGACUCAAGAACUGCAGAACGGCGAAAUCUUCUGUCAUUGGGGCAUAACAGCAUUGUUCGGUGUAUUGUUCAUUCUCCUACCAAUCCUGGUUUCAUGACAUGCAGUGAUGACUACAGAGCUCGAUUUUGGUACCGAAGGUCAACCACAGACUAAAGACAGUUUUAUUAAACAGUGAUUACCUAGAUGAAUUGUACCAUCUUAUAUUAAGUGUACUGCCAACAGAUGCCUAAACAAGAGCCAUGCUGUGUCUGUAUUUAACUUUGUCAAACAUGGUGGAAAAAGAUGAAAGUACUGGGAAGUAGUUUUCCCUUACUCACUGCCCUUAUUAGUGUGUAUGGCAUCAAUUGUGGAAGUAGACUCAACUGUUAUUUUUGAAUACAAUUAAUCCUUCCUGCGGGGAUAGUUUUAAACUUGCUCUUACAUGUCUAAAUUUUCAAAAUGUUAGUAACUUGAGUGAAUCUUGUUCAAUCUGUGUAGAAUUUCUCCAUUACAUCUGUGCAAACCUAUUAAA